CUCGGGAGCUCAACGCCCCGAGUUGCUCCGGGCGUCACACUCCCAUACUGGAAAGCGGCUAAGAAUACAACUAUUGUAUGUCAAAAGGUCAAAAGUAACGUGAUUUGGAAUUUCUUGUCUUAGGGCGGGUAUUAUAAAGCUGCUUUGACAGUUAACUUUUUCAAUUACUUGUAUUUUCAGAAGUUAACUUUAAGUAACUCUUAAAGUAGUUUUAUAAUACCCGCCCUAAGUUUGGAAUGCGUAAAGCCUAGUACUCAUAACUGCGAAAUUCGCACCUUGUUGACAUUGCUUCGACAAUUUGACGUUUGAUUCACGCAAAAAAGGUCAAAUUGUCGAAGCAAUGUCAAAAAAGUGCGAAUUUCGCAGUUAAUGAGUACUAGGCUUAAUUCAUUUUCGAACGGCUGGUGUGCAGUCGGUGACGCCCAGACCGAUUCCGAACCACAUUCUCGAACGCACUUUACUGGACAGACAGUAGUGACAGUACUCUACAGGUAGUUUUUUUCCACUGUUUUUUCCCGCUUCUUUUGUUUUCUUUUUGAAUCUUUUAGAAUUUGUGUCUUCUAGUUGUAGUUUUGUAGUGUAGUCUUGCCGAAUAAAGAACUCUAGUGUUUAAUAUUUUUCAUUUGGUUUCUAAAAACAAAAAAUGGCUGUCCCAAGCGUUGAGACUAUAAAAGCCAAUUCCAAAGCCUUUAUCUAUAAACUGGAAGUGAUGGAGUAUGCAAUGGAAAAUGCAACCAAAGGAUUCCUACAGGAUGAUAAAGGUUCUAUAUUUUGUUUAGAAACGAGAGACGCUGAUGCGACCAGAGUUUUACUAGCUCGCGUAUUGAGAACUCUAAGUAAAGAAUCAGUUUUGAAGCAAAAUUUGGCUGAAAUAUUCACAGAUUUUAGUGAUUUUGCUAGUAUGUCCCAUCAACAAAAUAAUGACUGGACUAAAAAUUUUCCCAAUUUAUUAGUUUGCAAAGUUGACAGAGAUGGGCAAUUAGAUGAGCAUUUCAACAUACUGGAGUCAUGGGUAAAUAAUGUGAAGGCUGAAUCAAAAAAAAUAAUUUUUAUUGUUAAAAAUUCAAAGAAUUUGGAAAGUAUCAUGAUGAAGAUUGGAAUGGCGAACUUUAUAAAAUUAAAAUUUACUGAACUGUGGGAACAAAAUGAAAUAUCGAUGAAAUCUAAUCCCAAUAUUUGUAGAAAUGUUAAUGAAAAUCAAGUACGCAUGAAUGUACAAGAUUUAGAUAACAAUGAGCCUGCAACAGCUUUAGAUGAGGACAUGAAAGUUAAUUUGGAUAAAAGAUCGAGUAAGAAACGCUCAAUAAAUGGCGAAACAAAAAUUCAUGAUGCAGAUCCAAGUAGGGCAAGAGAAAUAAAUACUAGAGAUUUUUCUGGCGACACCCAAUUGCAUGUGGCAGCUUGGUCAGGCAAAAGGGAACUAGUAAAACAUUUAUUAGCCCGUGGUGCAAAAAUGGACAUAAAAGAUUAUUAUUAUGGCCAGACAGCACUUCAUUUUGCAGCUGAAAGAGGACAUUUUGAGAUUGCAAAAAUAUUGCUCAAACAUGGAGCAAAUGUAAAUGCCACUGACAAAAAUAUAAAAACACCACUUCAUGCUUCAUGUAAACACCCUAAUGCUAAUAUUGCUUGGAUGAUACUAGAACUUCUUUUAAAGUUUAAUGCAGAGAUUGAUAAGAAAUGUGCAGAUGGCGAAACAUCUCUUCAUGUCGCUUCUCGACAUGGUCAUAUAGAAGUAAUAAAUUCAUUGCUACAAAAUGGAGCAAAUAUAGAUGCUCAAGACAAUGCUGGAAAAUCACCCUUGUAUGUAGCUACAGAAAGCAACAAUCCAGAAGUUGUUUCAUAUCUUUUGCAAAAAGGCGCUAAUAUCCACAUUAAAUAUACAUUGUUAAAUAAAACUCCUCUUGAUGUAGCUAGAGACAGGAAUGAUACUUAUAUAACUGAAAUAAUUGAGAAACAUGCAAGUUUAAUGAAAAAACCAAGAUAAAUAGACACAUAUACUUAUUCAAAGAUGGCUUCAAAUUAUGCAGAAUGCAUAGUUGGAGAAUGGUAGCCACAAGUUCACAAAGUCUACUUCCAGCGAGUUGCAAACUUUAUUUUUUAUCAGUGAUUAUUCAAAUUUAAUAAGAAGGUAUUUUUAUUUUAUUUACAUUUACAUUUAUUUACAUUUAUUUUUUCUUUAUAUAUAGAAACAUUCUUUUAAAAUAAGUAAAAUAUGAAUUUUAUAGGCCAUUAUUUUGUUUAAUUUAAAUAGCAGUUUUAGUUUGUAUAGUUAUGUAUGUGCUUGUAGUUUUUGUUUGUUAUGUAAGGCAUACAUGCAAGUUGUGCCAUAUAAUGCAUUUAAAAAUUACACCUAAAUAUUUUUGAAAUCAUAGUACAGAAGAAUAAUUUCAUAUAAGUUGCUUUCGAAGAAC